AUGCUGUGGGAGGAUCUCAUCAACAACCCCAAAAAAGACGUCUCCGGCGACUCCAUUAGCCGGAAAAAAAUCCAGUGGGCCGAGAAGAUGAUCCGAGGCGCCUUUGUUGAGCUCUACAAAGGCCUUGGCCUCCUCAAAACCUUCAGUUCACUGAACAUGAAGGCAUUCGUAAAGAUUCUGAAAAAAUUCGACAAGGUGGCGAAUCAAAAAGCAUCGGCGAGUUAUCUUCAGGAGGUGAAAAAGUCGCCCUUUAUCAGCUCCGAUAAGGUGGUAAGACUAAUGGACGAAGUGGAAUCCAUAUUCACAAAGCACUUCGCCAACAAUGACAGGAAAAAGGCUAUGAAAUAUUUGAGGCCUCAGCAGCCUAAAGAUUCCCACAUGACCACCUUCUUUGUUGGUUUGUUUACAGGUUGCUUUGCGUCAUUGUUUAUUGUAUACGCAACUUUGGCUCAUUUGUCUGGUGUUUUUUCUCGUCCAAAUGAAGUUUCUUACAUGGAUGCUGUUUAUCCUGUUUUCAGCAUGUUUGCAUUGCUAAGCUUGCACAUGUUCAUGUAUGGCUGUAAUCUCUUCACCUGGAAACAUACAAGGAUCAAUUACAACUUCAUUUUUGAGUUUCAAUCGAGCACUGCACUCAAGUACCGCGAUGCUUUUCUUAUAUGCACCACUACUAUGACUGCUGUGGUUGGAGCACUCGUCAUUCACUUGAUUUUAGGACUCACCGGUUUCUCAACAGUCCAAGUUGAUUCUAUUCCUGGUCUUCUCCUUCUCAUUUUUGUUGUCCUUCUUAUAUGCCCAUUUGACAUAUUCUACCGACCGACACGCUAUUAUUUUCUCCGCGUGUUUCGUAACAUCAUUUUCUCUCCUUUUUACAAGGUUCUGUUUGUUGACUCUUUCUUGGCAGACCAACUUACAAGUCAGAUCACUCUGCUUAGGCUCGUGGAAUCCACUGUCUGCUACUUCACUGCAAGUUUCUUCGGAAUGCAUCGAGGUGAUGUCUGCAAAUCCGGGACUUUAUACUGGGAGUUGGCUUACCUCAUUUCAUUUUUGCCAUACUAUUGGCGUGCAAUGCAGUGUGCAAGAAGAUGGUUUGAUGACAAUGACAUGGACCAUUUGGCUAACAUGGGCAAGUAUGUGUCAGCCAUGGUAGCCGCCGGAGCCAGGCUUACAUAUUCUCGGCAAGACACCCACCUCUGGUUCAUAAUCGUCUUAGUCACUUCCUUUGUAGCUACAGUAUAUCAGUUGUACUGGGAUUUUGCAAAGGACUGGGGAGUUCUCAAUCCGAAAUCUCGAAAUCCAUGGCUCCGAGAUGAACUCAUCUUGAAGAACAAAGGCAUCUACUACCUGUCAAUGGUUCUGAAUGUGAUCCUAAGAGUUGCUUGGGUGGAGACCGUGUUACAGUUGCAUAAAUUGCACAUUAGAAACAUUGAGUCGAAAAUGCUAGACUUCCUGUUGGCGUCGCUGGAGGUUAUCCGACGAGGGCACUGGAAUUUCUACAGAUUGGAGAAUGAACAACUAAACAACGUUGGAAAGUACAGGGCUGUGAAGACAGUUCCUCUACCGUUCCAUGAUGCUGACUCUGAUGGCUAAGACCGAUUCUUGAAAGUACAGGUCCAGUCCCUAACAAAGCUGACCUGAAGGAGGGGAUGAGGGUGGUCAACAUAGACUAACGUAUAAUUUGAGAUCUUGUCUCAUUCAUCCUACUUUUCCACUUCCAAUUCACACUUGUGCAAGUACAAAGUGUAAUUUCCGACGCAUGGUCCCAAGCGACGACACUCUCGCUCGGCUCCUCUGACACGUUGUAAUUUGAUUGGUAGAAUGUAACGUAAUCCUAUUUUCUCAACUUGUAAGGAAUGCUUGUUUCUAGUGAAGAAUUAGCUGCUUGAGUAGUAGUCGAAUCGAAACUACGCUAAAAUCUGCCUCGCAUGUAUAGUGUACGUGCUCAUGAUAACUCCAGAUGAUACCAAGUUACAGUUAGCUUACAAUUGCAUUAUCAUUUAGCAACAGAACCUUUGUACCUUGGAGAUUGAUAUUCAAAACAAUGAACACCGAUUUGGGAGCACUUUCUUCUCU